AUGGCCAGGAAGCUUGUGGCACCGACCAAGAAGUGCUUGGUCAAGAUCCCCUUGGAGGACCUCUCCCUUGAGCACGACAGCGGAUGGAGAUCCAUCGACAGUGUCUGUGUCGAUGGAUUGGUCGACAACAUCACCUCCGGUCAGUGGGGUCAGAGUCUGUUUGUCGGCGUCACCAUCCUGGGUCCGAGUGACUUGUCGGCCGUCGACUCACGACGCUUGAUCGACAACGGCAAGCAGAGUGUCGCGGCCUUUGUCAAGGUCAAAGGCAUCCGGACGUCGCUGCUUGCUGAAGGCAAGACAGCGUCGGCGUCAGACACGCCAGCCUGGAUGUCGGACCCGGCCAUUGCUGACAUUCUGGACAAUGGCCUGGAGUGUCAGCAGGUCGAGUAUGCUGACUGGAUGGACCGGCCAUUGCAGAUCUGCUGGCAGUGUCUGUGUCACGAUGAGUCGAGCAAUCAGUUCCGGAAGUCAGACAUCAAGUCUGUCGUCGCGACCUGUGAAAGUUUCAGGUCACGCUGCGUCGGCGGCGACCGAGUGGUCAGACUGGAAAACUUCGAUCACGGCGUCGACUUGAAGAUCACCUUGUACGCAGUCCUGGUCGGCUGGGCGCAGUACCUCACGCCCUUCAGCGACGCCCAGCGUGACUCGGCUCUGGUUUGA